AUGGCGGCAGGCCUGAACCUCCAGCGGCUCGUCAACGAUCGCCUUAAACUUGACCUGAGUAACCAGGGUCUGACGUCCAUCCCGGAGGAGGUGUUUGAUAUCACUGACCUGGAGAUUCUAGAUGUGUCCAAAAACAAACUAACCAGCAUCCCGGAAGCAAUCGGCCGUCUGCAGGAACUUUCCAGUUUGGACGCUGACGGCAACAUGCUGACACGUUUGCCACAGGCGAUCGGUUCCUUGCAGAAAUUGACACACCUGUACAUUUAUAUGAAUCAGCUGACGGAGGUGCCCUCAGGCGUCUGCUCGCUCCCUAACCUUGAGGUGUUAAGUGUCAGUAAUAAUAAACUCUCCACCUUCCCUCCUGGUAUGGAAAAGCUUCAGAAACUGAGAAGACUGGGCAUUUAUGGUAAUCAGCUGACGAAGCUGACGGAGGUACCCUCAGGCGUAUGCUUGCUCCCAAACCUUGAGGUGUUAAGUGUCGGUAAGAACCCCAUCAGACGUCUACCCGAUGACGUCACACGACUCGACAGACUGAAGACUCUCAGUGUCAAUGACUGUCAGUUUGAUGAGUUCCCCGGACAGGUGCUGCAGCUGAAGACACUGGAGGAACUGUACGCUGGACAAGAGGGCGGGCGCAAGUUUGACAUGGUCCCAGAUGAAGUGGGAAACUUACAACACCUGUGGGACUUGUCAUUGUCCAAUAACCUCCUCAAAACCCUGCCGAGCACCUUGAGUCACCUGCACAACCUACGGGAGGUCCUCCUCCAUAGUAACAAGUUCGACACGUUCCCAGAAGUCCUGUGUGAACUACCUGCCAUGGAGAAACUGGACAUAAGGAACAACAACAUCACCAGGCUCCCAACCGCCCUUCACCGAGCAGACAAGCUGAAGGACUUGGAUGUUUCUGGAAACCCCCUGACAUACCCUCCACAGGAUGUGUGUAAACAAGGGACCGACGCCAUCAUGGCCUUCCUGACACAGGAGGCUGAGAAAGAUGGGAGAAUUCUUCGUGCCUUCAACCGCCUGUCCGUGAGGGCGAGUCAAACCCAGUGGAAACCUCUCGCCCGGAGCCUGGGGCUCAGCAACAGGGCCAUGGACGCCAUCAAGGCUUCCGCUCCAGACGAUGUUCCUGACCAGGUGUACCAGACCCUGGUACAGUGGAGAGAGAAAGAAGGUGAGGCGGCCACACUUUCCGCCCUGGAGCAGCACCUCAGAGACCUGGACUUUCAGCAGCUGGCGGACCAGCUUUUACCAGAACCCAGGACGCCAGACCGUAGAGGCCAAGAAACUGGAGCCGUCGGUUCAGUUGUUGGCCAAGAGAAAGAUGGGCUGCAGAAAAGCGCGAGGAAAUACCCCAGCGUGACGGUUGACCAGAAGUUUCCCAUCAUCCAUUUUGACCGACUGGAUGAACAGUCCAUUCUCGGCCGUGGGGGGUUCGCCUACGUGAAGAAAGCCCGACAUCUGGACUGGAAGCAGGACGUCGCCGUCAAAUGUCUGCUGACGCGUCAGAUAGAAGGAAGUGAGCAGGAUGUGCUGUAUUCUGAAGCAAGGAAACUGAAGCUGGCCAGCAAUUCGGCCCACGUCAUCAGUCUGCUGGGGGUCUGUCUGGACCCAAACUUCGCCAUCGUGAUGCCCUACAUGGAGAACGGCUCUCUGGCCGGGCUGCUGCGGGAUGUGGACGUGCCCUGGGCCCUGAGGUGGAGAAUGGCGCACGAGAUCUCCCUGGGGAUGACUUUCCUGCACUGCCAGAACCCACAGAUUCUCCACUGUGAUCUGAAGGCAGAGAACGUGCUACUGGAUGGGGACUUCCAUGUGAAGAUUUCAGAUUUCGGUUUGUCCAAGUGGAAAGCCGAAUCUCGUGUCGUCACUCAAACCAGCCCGGAAGGAAGCACCAUCACGCAUGCGCCACCAGAGUUCCAUUCGAACAUCAACCUGGCUCCCAACACCAAGUUUGAUGUCUACAGCUUUGGGGUGCUGCUGUGGGAGAUUGUUACUAGAAGACAGCCUUAUGCACUUGCUGCCAACUCGGCCCUGAUCUCCAUGGCGGUCACCAUGGGUCAACGACCUGACCUGACCCUGAUCCCCACAGACCGGGAGGACGUGACGUCAGUGAGUCAGCUGAUGCAGACAUGUUGGAGUCAGGACCCGGAGGACAGGCCGACAUUCGACGACUGUGCUGACCGACUUCGCCAUGUGCAGGACAGGUUCAGUAGGGAGGAGGUUCGACAGGCCAUCAUCACUGUGGAGAAGAUGAAGGCUGCAGCCAGCAAGAAGUAACAGUGCUGACAACUGUCAUGUACGAGAACGUGUCAAUCGUGGCGUCCUCUCUGCUACUGGAACAGUAAUUGAGCAUUAUGUAAAGCCAUGUAAGUAUAAGUAUGGUUAUGGAGAAGAUUAGAUGUCCUUAUCAUUUCGACAGAAUCAUCAGCUGUCCGACCCAAUCUCUCUGGACACUUGACGUCAGCAAUGAGUCAAAGGUUGUCGGAAGUCCAGAGCUAUCGGGUCAGAGAGCUGACGAAGACUGACUGAGUGCAAAUUCUUGAGUUGGAGGACAGUUUAACUGUAAUGUAUCAAGUCAAGUAAAGAUCCCAACAAUACUAGUGAACAGAUGAGCUCAUUUGUUCACUACUAUUGUUGGGAUCUUUACUCGAUGUUUACUUAAUGUUUGAUCAGAAUCAUCACCAAGCUGUUGUUUUAAAACUAAUCACAGGAACUUGUCAACUGACGUAUCAUGACGACUUCUCUGGUACUGUAAUUGAGUCUAAUUUAGAGCCAUAAAUAAUGAUUGCCUGCUUAUUAAUUAAUAUAGGCUAGUUUGGUAUAAUUGAGAUCUAGUUUUGUGGUAUAUAAUUAUCUAAAGACGUCAAAUUUAUCUGCGAAUAGUUUAACACGAUAUAACAACUUGGAAUAAUGAUAAUUCAGCUUUAUAGCAGUUAAAUACUUGACCUGCCUUUUGGCUUUUUUUGUUCCCGUGAUUAGACAUGAGCUCAUAGGCUGUAAUCAAUCACAAUAUGAACGUGUAACGUUGUGUUGAUAAUUUGACAUUGACACUGAAACAUUAUUUGCAUCUUCCUCGACAUAUGAUUGUGGUUUGUAAAAUAGGUCUAGUGGUUUUGGCGUGGAAAUAGUGUGAUGAAAUUGUUUGUAGUUUAUUGUGACUUGGUAGUAACUAACAUUUUGCUCUCAUCUAACUUUUUAAAUCAUAUCAUUAUACCAUUAGAUCAUUGAUUUUAGUCCCAUACAUAGCGAUGUGGAGCAAGCGAUGUUCAUCCAUAGAACAUUGAUGUACAUUUGAUGUACCAAGGUGUCUAGUAGAAGUUAAGGCAGCGGGUAUUAAAAUAACAUAGCCAAGAUUGUAACUCCUCAAUUUGUGAAGGAAAGUCUGACACAAGAAAGUAGAGAAAAGCAGUUUGAGAAGUAACAUUUAACAUGCUAAUACAAUUGCUUCAUUACUUACUUGCAUCAUUAGCCUGCCCAAUUUGGUAAGUCAAGUUGAAAGAUGGUCAAGUUGUUUUGACAUAACGUUUCGGAAACCUGUACCAUGAUUUACAUGACGGAAACUAGCAAAAACGUUUUUGGUGUCAAAAGAACUUUACCUCUAACUCGCCUUCCAUAUCUUGAUGGGUUAAUCGAGAGUUAAGUAGAAAUGCAAGCUAAAUCAUUUACAAAAUGUAAGUGGGCUUCCAACCAAUAUCCUGGUGAAAAUAUCUUACUGCAUUGUUACUCAAUUAUUAGAUGAAUGUUUUGUAUCGUCUUUUAAUCAAUGAAAUAUGUAAGGGUGUGGUGUUGAAUUUAAGUAUUUCUUGUGAUAAGUAUUCUGCAAAAUUACACUGUUCUACAGAUGGUGUAAGUUUAGUAUUGCUUGCGGUUAGUAUUCUGAAGAUAUCAUAUUUGCAUUUGAACAAUUCGAGAGAUAGGUACACGUACAUUAUGGAACAUGAACAGUAGUUGUUUUUCAUGUUUCGGAAUCUAUAUGAUGUAUUAGAAAUAUACAUGCUGUAAACAGUUUAAGUUGAUUUUGUAUUACCGAUGAUAAACACAGUCAGUAGUGCUUUGAUGGCAGUAAAUAAUGCAACAACUUUGUGAUUCGCUCAAUGAC